GGAGCCGCAGCUACAGCCAUGCCUGCUUUCCGGCAAGUCGGAGAGAAACAGCUUCCCCAAGAGAUAAUUUUCAUGGCCUGGUCGCCCAAGAGGGAUCUCAUUGCCCUUGCAAACAAAGUCGGGGAGGUUUUACUUCAUCGACUGGCAAACUUUCAGCGAGUCUGGAGUUUACCACCAAGUGAAACCACUGGGAAAGAAGUCACAGCCCUUGCAUGGCGGCCGGAUGGCAAAAUUCUGGCUUUUGGACUCGCCGAUACCAAGAGGGUUAUCCUGUGUGAUGUGGAGAAGCCGGAAAGCCUGCACUCUUUCUCUGUGGACGCUCCAAUCACCUACAUGCACUGGAUGGAAGUCACAGAAGAGAACAGUGUCCUUGCAUCGUUUUUUAAUGCUGAGGACGAAUCCAACCUCCUCCUUCCCAAACUGCCUGCGCUGCCAAAGAACUUCAGCACCACGGCAAAAAUUUUCAGUGAAGAAAAAUCAGAUGAGAUUAUGAAGCUCAUGGGUGAUGUCAGGCUGAAUGUGCUGGUUCUUGGGAGCAACUCUGGCUUCAUUGAGAUUUAUGCUUAUGGGAUGUAUAAGAUUGCCACAGUAACUGGGGUGGCUGGUUCUUGUCUUGCCUUAUGUCUCUCAAGUGACUUGAAAUCGCUAUCCGUUAUUACCAAAGUCGAAGUCUCUCCAGAGAGUGAGCCGGAAAUAACGUACUUCCAGUUCGACACCAGUCUACUCUCGACAUACCUGCCUGAGGUGACUCGGAUGGCUCGAAAAUUUACACACAUUUCAACUCUCCUGCAGUAUAUCAAGCUGUCGUUGACGUGUAUGUGUGAAGCUUGGGAAGAAAUACUCAUGCAGAUGGACUCUCGGCUAACUAAGUUUGUACAGGAGAAGAACACCACUACAUCCGUGCAAGAUGAAUUCAUGCAGUUAUUGUUGUGGGGCAAAGCGAGCCUUGAACUCCAGGGCCUGCUGAUGAGUCAGUUAACGGUGAAGGGCUUAAAAAAACUCGGCCAGUCCAUGGAGUCCUCGUAUUCCAGCAUCCAGAAGCUCGUCAUAAGUCACCUGCAGAGCGGCUCAGAGGCCUUGUUGUACCAUUUAAGUGAGCUGAAAGGAAUGGCAUCGUGGAAGCAAAAAUAUGAGUCUCUGGGACUGGAUGUGACAGGAAUAGAAGAAGCCAUCACCGCCGUGGGCUCCUUCAUCCUGAAGGCAAACGAGCUGCUUCAAGUUAUCGACAGCAGUAUGAAAAAUUUCAAAGCUUUCUUCCGAUGGCUCUAUGUGGCCAUGCUAAGGAUGUCAGAAGAUCAUGUCCCUCCAGAGCUGAACAAGAUGACUCAAAAAGAUAUUACUUUUGUGGCCGAUUUUCUUACUGAGCACUUCAAUGAGGCACCUGAGCUCUACAACCGUAAAGGGAAAUACUUCAAUGUGGAAAGAGUCGGUCAGUAUUUGAAAGACGAAGACGACGAUCUCGUGUCCCCGCCGAACACGGAAGGAAACCAGUGGUUUAACUUCUUGCAAAACGGCAGCCACCUUAAAGAAAGCCCUUUAUUGUUUCCGUACUAUCCUCAGAAGUCGCUACAUUUUGUAAAACGGCGAAUGGAGGGAAUCAUUGAUCAGUGCCUACAGAAGCCAGCUGACGUGAUUGGAAAGUCCGUGCACCAGGCCGUUUGCAUGCCCUUGUACAAAGCAGCGAGAAGCGAGGAUUCGACACCUCAUCUCUUUAACUUGCCCUUUUUGUGGAAUGCUAAAACGUCCAGUUUGCAUUACGUUUUGUUUACGAUGUUGGAAAAGUCAGUUUCUAAAAUAUAUAUAUUGAGGAGGCACACAGAUAUUUCAAGGUCUGCUAAUAAUGGAAUACUUGCCGUUGAUUUUGUAAGCUUCCCGAACAAUAAUAUCAGUGAAAGCUCGGGCGUAAGUCUCUACAGUUGUCUGGAUGCCCACUUCUACGACGAUGAAAUCAUAACCGUUGUCCUCGCAGAGAAUUCCAGGCAAGAGGGGAAGGAGAGGAUUCUGGCCCAACUGCCUUUAUCAUCCGUAUAUACAAAGAAAACUCAGGAAUUGGAGAUCGCUUGGAAUUCUAGUCAGAGGUUGGAUGAACAAGUGGAUGACAUUCCCACCUGUGCUGUCAGCAUAGAGAGCCAGUGGCGAGUGCUGGAGAACAUGAAAGCCCAAUACGUGGCCGUGAACGGGAUUCGGAAAGUUUCCUGCGUGCUCAGUUCAAACCUCAGGCACGUGCGCGUCUUCGAAAUGGACGUGGAAGAUGACGGAGAAGCCGAAGAGGAAGAGGAGGACGAAGCGGCUCAGCAGGCGGGCGCGGAGCUCGACCAGUCUGUAGACAAUCCCGACGACAGCGUCUGCGCAGGCGCUGCGCAGCAAGCCGGUGAAACGGAAGAACCCAAAGUGAGCGCGGAUGCCUGAGAGCGAACUCUCGUGCCUGUGUCUUGCAACCCAGAGAGAAGAACUUGGCUUUUCUAUACCAAGCAACUUCACCAACACUUUUCUCCUUUUUUAUUGGGGCAGGGGGAGAGAAGGGUUUUUUAAAUAGUUGUGUUUACUUAAAGGAGCAAAAUAAUUUCACAGGAUUAGCGGGAGGCGAAUAGCAGCUGCAUUACUGCUGAGUCAGUGCAUGAAAGGAAACGAAACCAAAUUUGCCUCCCGCUAAUCCUGUGAAAUUAUUUUGCUCCUUUAAGGGUCUUGAACCGCCGGGACCUCCCCUCACCCCUCUUGUUCCUCCUCCAUCUUCUCCCCCUCCCACAUUUUCCUUGCCACGUUCAUAUUUCCCGGCCUUCGAGUGUGUGGUGGCCACCUGUGUGUGGUCGAUGGCAUUUUGCGUUGCCUCGUGCAGCUUCAAAGAAACUGCAUGAGGAGGGAUCCUUUCUCGUUUUCAGUGAACGUGUUUCAUAUUGGUUGUUAAAUUAAAAAUAUUCUUUUCUACAA